UGCCAACAGUAUGCCUAAACAAGUGGAGGUGAGGAUGCAUGAGAGUCACCUAGAGCCAAUAGAGGCCAGGCCUCAGUCCAAAUGUGCCAGAAUCUGCUCCAAGAUGUUCAAGAACCUUCUGCUUACACUCACCGUCCUUGGUGUGAUCUUAGGAGCAGUGUCAGGGAUGUUGUUGCGUGUUGCCUCCCCAAUUCACCCGGACAUCAUCAUGGUAAUUGCCUUUCCUGGAGAUAUCCUCAUGAGGAUGCUGAAGAUGCUGAUCCUGCCUCUUAUCAUCUCCAGUUUAAUCACAGGACUGGCUGGUUUGGAUGCCAAAUCCAGUGGUCGUCUGGGUACCAGAGCAAUGGUCUACUACAUGUCCACCACUAUCAUUGCUGCCAUCUUGGGAGUCAUUCUAGUGUUGGUCAUCCACCCUGGAAACCCCAAACUCAAGGAGAAUCUUGGAGAGGGAGAGAAGAAUGAUGAUGUGUCCAGCUUGGAUGCCUUCUUUGAUCUAAUCAGGAACCUGUUCCCAGAGAACCUGGUGCAGGCGUGUUUCCAACAGAUCCAGACGGUGACUAAGAAGGUGGAGGUGGUAAUCGAGGAGGAUGUCAAUGCUACCACUAUGGAGGGCUUGUUGGCAAACAUUACCAAGGAGCCACAGUUUGUCGUUAAAAAAUCCCUGCAGUUCAAGAGUGGAAUGAAUGUCUUGGGUCUGAUUGGGUUCUUUAUUGCAUUUGGAAUCUGCAUGGGCAAGAUGGGCGAGAGGGCCAGACUGAUGAUUGAAUUUUUCAACAUUCUCAAUGAGAUUGUGAUGAAACUUGUCAUCAUGAUCAUGUGGUAUUCUCCCUUUGGUAUUGCCUGCCUGAUCUGCGGUAAGAUCAUCUCCAUCAAGGACUUGGAGGUGGUGGCCAGGCAGCUGGGAAUGUACAUGGUCACUGUGAUCGUUGGCCUCAUCAUUCAUGGAGCCAUAUUUUUGCCUAGUAUCUAUUUUGUAAUUGUCAGGAAAAACCCCUUCAAAUUUUUCUUGGGUAUCUUCCAGGCCUGGAUUACUGCCCUGGGCACUGCAUCAAGCGCCGGCACACUGCCUGUAACUUUCCGCUGUCUGGAGGAGAAUUUGGGAAUUGACAAAAGAGUCACUCGUUUCGUGCUCCCAGUUGGUGCCACCAUCAACAUGGAUGGAACUGCUCUCUAUGAGGCUGUGGCUGCCAUCUUCAUUGCCCAGAUGAAUGGUGUCCACCUGGACCCCGGUCAGAUUGUCACUGUUAGUCUCACAGCCACUCUGGCCAGUGUUGGAGCUGCCAGUAUUCCCAGUGCUGGACUGGUGACCAUGCUUUUGAUCCUGACUGCUGUGGGGCUGCCAACUCAGGACAUCAGUCUGCUAGUUGCUGUUGACUGGCUUCUGGACCGGUUCAGGACCUCUGUGAAUGUGGUUGGGGACUCCUACGGUGCAGGCAUCGUGUACCACAUGUCCAAGGCAGAGCUUGAAGAGCUGGACGCGCACAUGACUAAAUCAGACGACAUAGAAAUGACAAAGACCCCGUCGUUUUACGACGACAUGAAGAACCACCACGAAAACAAUUCCAACCAGUGCGUCUUAACGCCUACCGCAAAUGCUAACAAUUCUGUCGUAGUAGAUGAGUGCAAGGUAACCUCAGCCACAAAUGGUUCUGCUGCGGAGUGCACACUUGUUGAGGAGGAACCGUGGAAACAGGAAUAAUGGCAGUGCAGAGAUCCCCCUGCUCCUGGGCUCCACAAGCUUUCCUUUCUGGUGAUGACAAAAAAAAGAGUGAAUGAAAAAAAUGUCAUAUGAACUGAACUACUAAUGUUAAUUACAUAGUCUAGUUUUCUUUAUCAUUAGUCCCUUUAAGAUUCUUUUUGUAGUUGUCUCUAUGACUGAUAAAUUCUACUAAUUCACUUAACUGUGAAAAGACAAUGGCGGUACACACUUCCUGUUAGAGCACAAUUCUACCCGUAUUAGCAUACAUUUCAAGGUUGAAGGAGGGACGAAAGAUAAAAACAUGAAAAAAUGACACACUAUUGCUAGCAAUACAUUCACAAAGCGUCUCAUAGGCGAUUGAUUAUUGUAACAUGAGGGGGAGUCGUCAUGGCGACCACUACCCACUUUACUUUUUACUUUUACUUUUUUUCAUAUCCGUCAGAAGCACACCUGCUAAGAUCAUGCACCGCGCUACAAUGACCUAUUAUGCUCCCGAAUUGAUGAAAGGUUUGGGGGCGGGUUCUGCUGAGCCUUAUAACACAAUAUUCACUCUUCAUCAUUAAAGCACAAAUCAUACCAUGGAGACAAAUUUUAAGGCACUAUGUCUUUAUUUUAAAAUUCACUAUAAUCUAGAAAAGGGACGUUUUUCUCUUUGAUUUGACGUAAAAUGCGUGUGUGUGGGUGUGUUUGUGUGUGUGGGUGAGCAUUCGGAAGUGCAAUGGUAUGUGAGUCAGUCAGUUACUGGGACGAAAAAUAUUAUGAGUCUACAAACUGCCACAGACACAUUGAGAGACAUUAUUUUUGUUUGUUUACAAUGGACACAAUCUCAAAUCCAGAUGAAAUUGUAUUUUCAAGGCACAGCAUAUUACUGCCCAAAAUGAAUGAAUUAAAAUUAAAAAUUUGCAUCGUAAGGCCAACGAAGAAUCUAAAUUUAUUGUGGCGCAAAUGAAGAAAGAUGUAAAGCACAAAGCAUGUGGCCCAAAAAAGAAAGUGAAUGAGCCAUCAACUUCGAAAGCCAGUAAGCGACACGAAAUUAUGCAAAUACAUUGAUUCCAAGAGGUUCUCAGGCCUUAAUGUUUACUCCUGUACUCCUGACACAUUAGUGGAAAUCCCUCACGUUUACUUCCUCACAUGAGCUAUUCACAUCACAAUAUGGGGCUUCAUUGCACAACCAUUGCAAAUUUUUGUCGACAAGGAAAUAUUUUAGCACAAAAAAAAAGAACUUUCUGCAAAAACGUUUACUACAUUACGGUGGUUGACGGAUCCUCUACCUGUGUGUAGGGGCAAAUUAGCUAUGUUGAAAACAAAUAGAAAUGAGAGAAACUGCAGACAAUGGAUAUCAGAUGGGAUUCUUGACAUGCACAAACAGAGACAGACAUUCGAUAUUUAUACUUAUCCUCAAGAAGCCUCCAAGGUUCCUGUUUUGCCAGAUGUACAAAGGCAAACAAGUCCAUAUUUUUAGCCACCAGAGUCCAAGACUGUUUUUACAAACCCUUGAUGCUGCAGUUUUGUGCCCAUAUCCAUGAUUCACUCAACAAAACAGCGGACACAUAAUCCCUUCCUUUUUACCAAAAUCAGGUAAUGUUACUUUACAACUCUCACAAAUGAAACACAAAUGGACAACUGUGCGUCUCAGUCCGUAUGAGUGAGAAAUCUGUGAUUUAUUUUGUUUUCUCGGCGUUGUGUCCUUCUGUCUUGCUUCUCUUCAUCUGUGCUUGACGACAACUCGGCCUUGAAGAUGUUUGCGCCACACUGAUCAAUAAGGAAAUAUCAAGCACUUCAAAGUAGAAAGAGCUAACAAGAUACAGCCCACCUGUCGGUGUAGUCAGGUUGCUGACGCAGGGGCUCACGCGCUGUCUUAGUGGGCUUCCAUACCCCACAAUGCACAUUUGUGCCACACAUAUGCACAAUGAACAAGCUUAUAAAAACCGUCAAGGUGAGAAAAUAUUGAAGAGCACAGCACUGACACCCUAACAGGCCCUUCCAGUUUGACCGUAUGGCCUUGUUACCUUCAGGACAAAAUAUCUCCAUUAAGGAGACGAUGAACACCAUCACAAUAAGAGUUGGACCAUGUUUACCUUCAAACUAUUUUAGAAGGAUGAAUAAAAUGAAAUGAAAAUGAUAAUUUUUUUUCUUCUUUUUUUUGCACCACUAUCUUAAAAGCAUGAUAUUUGAAGUGCCUCCUUGCACUUUUGUGUAUAUACUGUACUGUAGUCAACAGUGAUUUGAUGUUGUCAUUUGUUUGCCUCCAUUUUUCCUUUUGGGAGUGUUAAAAUGGUUUGUAGGAAUACAGUUUAUUGCUGUUACAUUCUAAAUGUAAUCCUAUAGAAAAUAUAUCAUCCAUGUGCCGAGUAGAAGUAGAUUAAAUGAAACUUAUUGGCAGGAAAUUGUGUAUUAAAUUGCUUGUUUGUUCUUUUUUUUAUUCUCUAAUAACUAGGUGCUUUACUUAUGUCACUCAACAAUAUACAGUAUAAAUAUCUUUUUGUAUCUAAUGUAAGCCUUUUGAAUGUUUGUUCCAUGACAAUAUAAGCAGUGUGCAUUCAUUUUCAUUGUACAUAAAUAGAUAUAUACGGUAAAUGUUCUGAUCCGUGGCAAUGCAAAAUAUCCCCAAGCAACGUUUGCAUGAAGAGAAACAAAAAGAGAGAGGGUGUGAACAAGGGAAGUGAGGGAAGAAGAUGUUUGUUAAAAACAGCCAACGUGACUUUAUUUGGUUGAGAGUGUGAGAAAAGUUGCAGAAAAGAAGUUAAAACCUUUUCCGUACGUACGCACAUAGGAUAGCGUGAAGACGCAAAUGGCGCUGAGCUGUUACUAAGUGAGCGAACAACUGUUCCAUUUUCAAAUCAAACUUCACAAUACUGAGCAACAUUCCUCAGGUAAAUCAUUGUGUCUGUUUCAUGGCGAAAACUGGACUUUUUCUCAUUGACAGUUCUGGCACCAUGAUUGAGCUGAUGCUCAGUUGGUAGCGUAUCAUCGGUCGCUUCAUUGAAUUGCCGCGCAUUCAACCUCCUGCAUAGCAAGACUGUCACGCCACCAACAAUUCGCAUAGUAAACCUGCCUUUACCCGCUUGCCUUUUGUCACUUUCUACGCAAUCCACAAUAUGCACAGAAACCCACUUGGAACUUGUUGAGUUGAAAUAGGAAAGAAUAUUGUCGCAAAGGGCCCUUAAGCACAUUUCCACUUUUUUUUUUUUACUGAAACGUGUCUUUUGCAGAUGAAACAACCCCGAAAUUAAGAUAACUUUGUCAACAUGAAGUUGCCUUCCUAAUGAUACUUUUCUAGGCCUUCCUUUCUUUGUAAAUCUUUCACUUUUAUUUUAAAAGGUAAAGGCGAAAGUAUGUAUUGAAGUGAUACUGAGAAAAAGACAAAAAAAGGAAAUGAAGUCUUUCCUCAAUCUUAAAAUUCUGUUUCUACAUAUCUAAAUGUGCUGUACCUUUGGUGUACAUAUCCAAAUAUAAUUAAUAAAUGUUGAUUCGUAACUCAUAUUGACUUCUGGUUGUUCUUUCUUUAACUGAACUAUUUCUUCAUCAUAGAAAGAUACAGGAC